UCUGCAUGCGCCAAUCUCUCGGCCAAUACACCAGUUAGCUUAGGAACAGGCAACACAGUAGCUAUGCUCGGCGUCUACCAUCCAUCUGAACAGAAGGACUUUGCAACCUCGGAUUCCCCUGGUCUCACAUUCCGCCCUGCCUACUCAGCUCUUGGCCGUCUCAAUUCACGCCAAAUGAAAGGUCAUCUAACAGCAAUGGAUGUACUCAAAGAAGCCGGUCUCUUGCUUGCUGGCAGUGAUGCUGGCGCUCUCACUCUUUUCUAUUAA